GUGAGCGGUGGUCGACCCCCGCUGUAUCCGGUGCAGCGGGAGAGGUGGCGGCGGCGGGGGAGGAGGCUCCAUGGUGACAGCGCAGGUUUUCAGCGCUCCUGGCCUUCCUGGAUCACCCGCCUGUCAAAUCUCCCCACCCACCGUCCUGUCGUCAUGUCUAAGUUAAAGAGUUCUGAAUCUGUCAGGGUGGUGGUGCGGUGCCGGCCAAUGAAUGGAAAAGAGAAGGCAGCUUCAUAUGAUAAAGUUGUUGAUGUGGAUGUCAAGUUAGGGCAGGUAUUAGUGAAGAAUCCCAGGGGAACAUCUCAUGAGCUGCCUAAAACCUUCACCUUUGAUGCUGUCUAUGACUGGAAUUCCAAGCAGUUUGAACUUUAUGAUGAGACCUUUAGACCUCUGGUGGAUUCUGUCCUGCAAGGGUUCAAUGGGACUAUCUUUGCCUAUGGGCAGACUGGGACAGGGAAAACAUAUACAAUGGAAGGAGUGCGUGGUGAUCCUGAAAAAAGAGGGGUCAUCCCCAAUUCAUUUGACCACAUCUUCACCCACAUCUCUCGAUCUCAAAACCAGCAGUAUUUGGUUAGAGCAUCUUAUCUGGAAAUAUACCAAGAAGAAAUCAGAGAUCUGCUGUCAAAGGAUCAGUCCAAGAGGCUGGAGCUGAAAGAGAGACCAGACACUGGGGUGUAUGUGAAGGACUUAUCAUCUUUUGUCACAAAGAGUGUCAAGGAGAUCGAGCACGUCAUGAAUGUGGGGAACCAAAACCGCUCCGUUGGUGCUACCAACAUGAAUGAGCAUAGUUCCCGUUCCCAUGCCAUUUUUGUGAUCACUGUUGAGUGCAGCGAGGUGGGACUUGAUGGGGAGAAUCACAUCCGUGUAGGAAAACUCAACCUAGUGGACCUUGCAGGCAGUGAACGCCAGGCUAAAACUGGAGCACAGGGGGAAAGGUUAAAGGAAGCUACCAAGAUUAACCUCUCUCUUUCAGCUUUGGGCAAUGUUAUAUCUGCCCUAGUAGAUGGUAAAAGCACUCACAUUCCAUACCGGGACUCAAAACUAACUAGGCUACUUCAGGACUCACUAGGUGGCAAUGCUAAGACUGUGAUGGUGGCCAAUAUAGGCCCUGCCUCUUACAAUGUAGAAGAAACUCUUACUACCCUGCGAUAUGCCAACCGUGCCAAAAACAUCAAGAACAAACCAAGAGUUAAUGAGGAUCCUAAGGAUGCACUGCUACGAGAAUUCCAGGAAGAAAUCGCUCGGCUCAAGGCACAAUUGGAAAAAAGGUCUGUUGGCAAAAGAAAGAGGAGAGAAAGGAGAAGAGAUGGUGGGGAAGAGGAAGAGGAGGAUGGAGAAGAGGGUGAUGAAGGGGAUGACAAAGAUGACUACUGGAGGGAGCAGCAGGAAAAGCUGGAAAUUGAGAAGAAAGCUAUUGUAGAGGAUCACAGCUUGGUGGCAGAAGAAAAGAUGAGGCUGCUAAAGGAGAAGGAGAAGAAGAUGGAGGAUCUGAAGCGAGAGAAGGAAGCAGCAGAAAUGCUGGGUGCCAAAAUCAAGGCAAUGGAAAGCAAGCUCCUUGUUGGAGGGAAAAACAUUGUGGAUCACACAAAUGAACAGCAGAAAAUCUUGGAGCAGAAACGUCAGGAAAUUGCAGAACAGAAACGUCGGGAGCGAGAAAUCCAGCAACAGAUGGAAAGUCAGGAUGAGGAAACAUUGGAGCUGAAAGAGACCUAUAGUUCCCUACAGCAAGAGGUGGACAUCAAAACCAAAAAACUCAAAAAGCUAUUUUCCAAGCUGCAAGCUGUGAAGGCAGAGAUCCAUGACCUCCAGGAGGAGCACAUCAAGGAGCGGCAAGAACUAGAACAGACCCAGAAUGAGCUUACCAGGGAGUUAAAACUAAAGCACCUGAUUAUUGAAAACUUUAUUCCCCUGGAGGAAAAGAACAAGAUCAUGAACAGAUCUUUCUUUGAUGAAGAGGAAGACCAGUGGAAACUGCAUCCCAUAACCCGGCUGGAUAACCAGCAGAUGAUGAAAAGGCCAGUGUCAGCAGUGGGAUACAAGAGGCCUUUGAGUCAGCAUGCCAGGAUGUCCAUGAUGAUUCGUCCAGAGGCCCGCUAUAGGGCAGAAAACAUUGUGUUACUGGAGCUAGAUAUGCCUAGCCGAACAACCAGAGACUACGAGGGCCCAGCCAUUGCUCCUAAAGUGCAGGCUGCUCUAGAAGCAGCUCUGCAGGAUGAAGAUGAGAUACAGGUGGAUGCCUCCACUUUUGAGAGCAUGUCAAAUAAAAAAUCAAAAUCCAGGCCUAAAACUGGAAGGAAAUCAGGGGGAUCCUCUUCCUCAGGCACCUCUGGGUCUCAGCUUUAUCCACAGUCCCGGGGGCUAGUUCCUAAGUAAAAAUAGCAAUUCCUCUCCAGGGCGUGAACAGCAUUUGCCUUCUGAGAGCAAAGACAAGUGAAAACCUGCAGAGAAGACUCUCAGCCAGACUGCAAGCCCUUUCCUUUGGGGAAUAGCAAUGGCCUCUUUGCAGUUUAACUGACUUGUGUCAAAAUGUGCCAGUCCCAGGUGUGCUGAACCUUGCAGGAAAAGAUUUGCUCACAAUCUAGCAAUCAGCCCCUAUUGGGAACAGAUUUUAGAUAGGAAAUCAGAAAUGCAUGAGGUACGUUAAAGUGUUUUAGAAGCAAUGGGAAGCAUGAGGAUCACCUCACAGCAUCACCCUCUCUCCUUCAGUUCCAGCCCCCUUGGUGUACUGGGCUCUCUUGCUGUUGGGCAACAGGAAAGAGUAGAAAGUCAUCUCAACAGAAUCAACUCUUCAGAACCUCAGGAUGAAAACUUAGUGAGGUUAAAAAGUGGAGGGCGUAUCCAAACUGGACUAGGUGCAUUUUUCCCCUCUUUCUAUUGAAAGAAUGGCUUCAUCUGGGGUUAGAGUUGGGUUGAACAACCCUGAGAUGGGUAGGAUUGGAGAGCUGUUUCCAUGCACUUCAAGCUAGACCUCUCCGCUUUCCUUUAGAAAUGUAGAACAAGAGAGGAUCUUGGAAGUAUAUUUUGCUCCUGUAGAAUGGAAGCAAUAGAAACUGAAGUUCUCUAUCUGUUUACAGACAUCAGUAAGAGCUCUUCUGAACUGCCCUGCUAAAGACUCAACCCCUAUUGACAGGGACCACCUUGUCAAAGAAUAAAUCUGCAUACCAGUGCCAGCUCCAUACUAGCUCUCUUCCACUCUCUCUCCUCCAUCCCACACCUGGCAUUUUAGACCAGCGUCCAUACUGAAUAUCUAAACCCUACACCAUGUAUGGCCAUUUUCUCAGAUCUUCCACCAUUUGUAGGAAAUGUAGAUCUAGCUUGGGCUAGGUCUCUGCCAGGAGGCACACAUGGCCAGUUCUGCCAUUCCCUAUGGCAUGGAUGGAAUCUGGAGCACUAUGAGGCAAAGCCAUAUUAGACGGCACUAUUCUGAUAAGUAUGCAAUCUUUCCCUUGAUGUUAUGAGGCGCUUCAGUGCAGGAGCUGCCUUUUGUGUUUCAUCGUUCUCCAAGUUAAGAACAUUCCCUUUUCAGUCUUAAGCUUUCCUGAAUACAGUGAGGCUAGAUGGGAAUGAGGGCAAUGUGUCAUCACCAGUCUGGGGUUGCAAGGAAAUCUGAUAUAAAUCCCAGGGGUGGUACACUGAAAUUGAAAGGGGAAGAACUCCUGCUUUAGGUGGUAUCUUUUCAAAGUUUGCCCUGUGACUAAUAUCACAGGCCUGCAUGGUCCAGUGGGGAAAGGGGAACUGCUGUAUUGGAUGGGCUCAGAAGACAGAGUAAGGUGUUUCUGUCUUGCAUCUCACUGUUCAGCUUGUAAGUUUUAGUUCCCUGUAUAUUGGGCUAUUUUUUUUUCUUGAUUGUUGUCAACUGUUGUCCUGUGAUUGAUUGUUUUUACCCAUUACCUCUCCCUCGCAGAUGACCUCUCCCUAAACUGACCAGUGUAUGAGAACUUGCCUGUUUUUAGAAAUACUCUAAUGUAGGGACUCCACUUUGUGUUCUUGUUAAGUAUCCAUUGACUGACUCUGUCCAGUCUGGAAAAACUCCAUUGUAUCUGACCGCCAUGAGCAGAAGGAACACAACACUUCUAGCUUAAAGCUCUCCUCUGCAUCUUGCUGGCAUGGUGCUUUGGUGAGUCAGCUGCUCAGGUGGACUUGGAUUAAGUUCUAAAUCAGCUUCUUUGAUUCAAGGAGUAUAUUUCUGGAUGAGGACCAGAUGAAUAUUUUUUUAAAUUUUGAUGCGAGGAGGAGAGUUUUGCCUAUGGGUGAGGGAGGAGCCAUCUGCUUAUUUCCUGCUGUUCUAAUGAUGGAAGCCUGGCAUAACCUUCCUUUUUAUAAACCACUGUUUUCUGUACAAAAAGCCUUUUAAUUCUCUCUUGUGGUAUAAAACAGAGUGUCAACGGUUGUCCACCCCCCCGGUAUAUAAUCUUGUUUACUUCAUAAUUGAAAAAGAGGAUUGUAUAGUUUUAAGUAUUCAGAGAAUUGAAAUGAGAUGAAGUGACUGUAUAGCCUGAGAUGGUAAUAUAUACAUGAUAUAGCUAUGCUUCUUCACUCGCUACUAUACCACCGGGUUUCUGUAUGAAAUUUGUAAGAUUUCCCAUGUGGCAGGAAUAAGUACAUUGGAAAUCACAGCCCAAACCCAGACUGUUCUGCUUUUACUGUUAAUAUGCUGGAAUGGCUAUACCUCAGAAAGCCCUGUUUAUAAAUGUGUAUACAUUGAGGUGAGAGAGAGGGAAUGGGGUAGGCAAAGUAUAAAAUUGACUUUUAGUUACCUUUACCCACAGCUCUAUUUUAAAUAGUAUGUCCAGUGAAUAAGAGAGAAUAAGCAAAU